AGCGCCGAGUCUGCUGGCAUGUAAACAGACGCCGGAGGAGUAGGAGGAGACGGCGCCAUGCAGCUAACGCAUACGGUUAUUUUCGUAAUAAUACGGUAUUUGUUAAUGUUGUUAACGCCCAUUGCUCAUCUUGUUCGACUGGAGAAUAUUCUCGAAACGACAGAAAGUUGACGGAACUAAUGAGAAGAUCUCACUCGUAUUUAAAAGGAUAUCUCCAUAUUAUUUUUUGUUUGUAAUACUAAAGGCCCAACCUGGAAUAUAAUAUGAGCGGCGCCUCCUCACAAGCACUGGACAGUCUGAAGCCAGGAGAGGAAAACGUACCCAGCAGGACGAUGCUGGCCCACAGCUGGCCCACAAUUGGCGGCCACCGAACCCCACUUGUGCCGGAGGAUUUAAACUUUCAGAACCGCGCUGCGGAGGAUUGCUUCCAGUCGGGAGACCCAGGUUUGAAUGCACAGCUGCUCACAAAGCAUUCGGAAAUAAACUGGCUUCCUACUAGCCUGAGUUGUGGAAAUAAUAAAAAACGUCAACACAGUGAUGUUGGAAUGAUAGGACGGAACUGUAAAACUAUUAAGAUUAACCCCGUCUCAUCGUCUCGAUAUGUGAGCUGUGAAAGACGCUACCAAAGAAAGCAUAAGAGGGAACACGAUGAAGAGACUGCCACUCCCAGGAAGAGGCAAGCUACAGAAGAGAUGGUGAGAGCCUCAUUCCAAGCGCCCUCCUUUCUCCCUGAGGGUGUGGCCCCUCAGCACUGCUGGGGAGACCUCAGUGCCAGCCCCCAGCAGCCUGCAGAGCUGGAGGGGCAGGCAGCCCACAUGGAGGUGGAGGGGAGGGAGAGUAUGAAGCAUUGGGGGGCAGCACACAGGAGACUGCAGGAGAUUGAAGACAGUAUAAUUGUGGAGGAUGACGACGAGGACUUAGAAACUGCAAGUACGAAUUCUAGCUUCCCUGUGCUGGUCAUGUCAGACACCCUUCGGGAAGGAUUGAAACAGGGACUCGGGGACGUGAUACCACGGAAAAUAGCACAGUCCCUGAACCACUCGUGUAUGGAGAUGGUGAUAUGGAGACCCCCAGAGGAUGUUCUGUGCAGCAAACAGAGAGAAUCAAUAGAGAGGCUCAGGCAGAGUACAGACUCCAGUCUUGUAGCAGGGGCUCCGGUGUUGAAGGGCGGGGAUAUUGAGCUCCAGCAACACCCUGCACAGACCCCAGUGUACAGAGAUCUCAGCCAGCACAGCUGCACCGAGGAGGAUAUGGAGCUUUAGGCUACAGCUACAGGCAACGUCAUGCAAGUGCUUAUGUAAAGUGAGGACCAACUGCAUUGGCUACAGUCCGGCACGGUGCUGACAGGCCACUCAAGCAGAGAAUGCCAAUUGUCCAGAAUUGUGCCAAAUUCAAUGGUGGUAUUGUGAUGUAGACCUCCAUACUCAAGCACAGUCCAGUAGUGAAAGACAAAAGUUAUUGCAUUGUUGUAUAUAUUGCAGUAAUCCUUCGCAUAUCCAAGUGCAGAGGGACUAGAGUAAGGGCGGAUAUGUAGUCGGAUGAAUGAAUCCUGUUUUAAGUAUCAUUAUACACAGCUGUAACAAUUACU